AUGGGCUCCAUCUCUCAGCCCAUUCAGCCACCGCCGUCGGUAACAAACUACACGAUCGCAUCCAUACCGGCCGAUGGAAUUGGGCCAGAGGUAAUAAGCGCAGGCAUCAAAGUUCUCAACGCGCUGGCGUCGACUUUCAAGACAUUCUCAUUUUCCUUCACGCACUUCGACUGGUCCUCCGACACGUACCUACGAACAGGAGCGUAUAUUGCUCCUGAUGGACUAGAGCAAUUGAAAGAGUUCCACGCCAUUCUAUUUGGAGCAGUUGGCGAUCAACGUGUGCCUGAUCACAUCAGUCUUUGGGGUCUUAGACUCGCCAUUUGCCAGCCACUGCAGCAAUAUGCCAAUGUGCGGCCGACACGGAUUCUCAAGGGCGUGACUUCGCCACUAGCAAGUUGCCAAGGCAGCGAAGAGAGUGCAAAGAAGCUCGACUGGGUGAUCAUCCGUGAGAACAGCGAAGGUGAAUAUGCGGGCCAGGGUGGACGAAGUCAUGUGGGCCAAGCUUGGGAAGUAGCAACUGAAGUAUCCGUCUUUACAAGGCACGGGGCGGAGAGGCUACUGCGCUUUGCGUAUGAGACUGCUCGAUCGCGAACCCGGAAGAAAUUGACAUUUGUGACCAAGUCGAAUGCCCAGCGGAAUGGGAUGGUGCUUUGGGAUGAAGUUCAGAAGAUCGUGGCGAAAGACUAUCCCGAUGUCGAGACCGACAAGAUGUUGGUGGAUGCCAUGACCUGCCGCAUGACUUUGCAGCCAGAGACCAUCGAUACCGUUGUUGCGACGAACCUUCACGCGGACAUCCUGUCGGACCUCGCCGCUGCCCUGGCCGGAAGUAUUGGUAUUGCACCGACGAGCAAUCUCGACCCAACGAGACAGAACCCCAGCAUGUUCGAACCAAUUCACGGCUCCGCCUGGGAUAUUGCAGGCAAAGGGAUCGCUAAUCCCGUGGGAACAUUCUGGACAUGUGCUGAGAUGGUCAAAUGGCUGGGCCAGGACGAAGCAAGUGAGGUCCUCAUGGAGGCCGUUGAGAACGUGUUGGGCCAAGGCAUUAAGACCAAAGACCUAGGUGGCCAGGCUGGAACCGAAGAAGUCACAGAUCGGGUCUGCGAGGAGAUCGAGAGCAUUGGCAAAGAAAGGACAUUGGGGACUGGGACUGCGCAAUGA